UGAUGCGGCGAAAGUGUGCACAAUUUGACAAGCGAUUUAAAUCUGCUGAUAUCUGUUGCUGUGCGAGUUGAAGGAAACAGUGAGACUGUAUUCUGUAUCUAAUUCCUAUUUCUUGUAAGACUUUACAAUGCUGAAACGUAUAUCAAAUAACAAUUUAAAACGGUUAUGCGUUCGUGAAUUUUUAAGAUUUUCUUCAGCUACCCCUGCACCGGUUACUAAGCCGGAUAUUCAUUUUACCAAAAUUUUUAUAAAUAAUGAAUGGCAGAAAUCAAUUUCUGGAAAAUCCUUCCCAUCUUUAAAUCCAGCUACAGGAGAAACUAUAGCCCAUGUUGAAGAAGGAAGUACUGAGGAUGUGGACAAAGCCGUAAAAGCAGCUCAGCAUGCUUUUCAAUUUGGUUCCCCAUGGAGAAGACUGGAUGCCUCAGAGAGGGGAAAACUUUUGAAUCGUUUGGCUGACCUUAUUGAGAGAGAUAGAGUGUAUUUAGCAAGCCUGGAAACUUUAGACAAUGGCAAGCCAUAUUCUGAUUCUUAUCACAUAGAUCUUGAUCUGGUGGUCAAAGUAUACAGGUAUUAUGCUGGUUUUUCUGAUAAAAUUUACGGGAAGACUUUGGCGGUAGAUGGAAAUUAUUUUUCAUAUACGAGACAUGAACCUGUUGGUGUGUGUGGCCAGAUUAUACCAUGGAACUUUCCAUUGUUGAUGCAAGCAUGGAAGCUUGCUCCUGCACUUGCAGCUGGUAACACAGUGGUUCUGAAGCCUGCAGAACAGACUCCUCUGACUGCAUUGUAUGUUGGACAACUUAUUAAGGAAGCAGGUUUCCCAGAAGGUGUUGUGAACAUAGUUCCUGGUUAUGGCCCUUCAGCUGGAAGUGCUAUUGCUAAUCAUGCAGGUGUUGACAAACUUGCAUUUACAGGCUCGACUGAGGUUGGUAAAAUUGUGAUGGAGGCAGCUGCUAAAUCUAACCUGAAACGAGUAACAUUGGAGCUGGGAGGCAAAAGCCCAAAUAUAAUAUUUAAAGAUGCAGAUUUGGAUCAUGCUAUUCGAACUGCUCAUUUUGGCUUGUUUUUCAAUCAAGGACAAUGUUGCUGUGCUGGAUCUAGAAUCUUUGUGGAAGAGGAUAUAUACAAUGAGUUUGUAGAGAGAAGUGUUCAGAGUGCUAAAAGUCGAAAAAUUGGUAAUCCUUUUGAAUCAGGUGUUGAACAGGGCCCACAGAUUGAUGAUGAACAAAUGAAUAAAAUUCUGGACUUAAUUAAAAGUGGUAAUGCUGAAGGUGCAAAAAUGUUGUGUGGAGGUAAUCGUCAUGGUGGUAAAGGUUUCUUCGUAAGUCCAACAGUAUUUGCAGAUGUCCAAGAUAAUAUGCGAAUAGCUAAUGAAGAGAUUUUUGGACCUGUCAUGCAAAUUAUGAAAUUCAAGUCAGUUGAUGAAUUAUUAGAACGUGCAAAUAAAACUAUGUAUGGCUUAGCUGCUAGUGUGUUUACUCAAGAUAUUGACAAAGCAAUGUAUUUUUCUAGUGGUCUAAGAGCAGGCACUGUAUGGAUUAACUGUUAUGAUGUGUUCUCUGCUCAAGCUCCAUUUGGAGGAUUUAAAAUGUCUGGAAUAGGACGAGAAUUGGGGGAGUAUGGUCUCCAGGCAUAUAGUGAGAUAAAAACAGUGACUAUGAAAGUUCCACAGAAGAACAGCUAAAAACGUCCGAAUGAUUGUUCCUUCCUUAGCUAAGCUAGCAGGAAAAAAAUUCUUAUGUCUUCCACAAAAUUUUUUCUUCAUAUCAAUAAAUUGUUUAUUUUUUAUAAGAUUUGAUUUGUUUAUAUUCUCUACCAAUAAGGCUAAUAGAGUUUUAUAACAUAAAUGUAAAAUUCAGUUUUUCUUGAAGAUCUCUAAUUAUUUUUAUAUAAUUCCUUAUUUGUUCUGUUACAUACCUUGUUUGUUAUAACACCUGCAAACUGAUAUUAUCAUCUUUGAAACCUUAAAAACAAUAUUAAAAUUGAUAUUUCACAUUGUAUUCUAAGUUAAGUUAUUAAUUGAACAAAUCUGUUCAAAAUGCAGAUUUUUUAGUGGGAAUAUUUUAUAUAACAAAUGUUACUUUAAGCUGUGGCUUAGUUCAAUAUAUAAGAAAUUAUUAUGAAUCAAAAGAAAGCAAUUGUACAUAUAAAUCUGAAAAUAUAUAUUUGAAAUGCCACAGUAAAGAUUGCUUUAUACUUGCAGUUUCAAAAUAUUGUUUGUUCAUUUUAAUGAUUGGAAAAUUCCUUCAUCUCUUCAUAGGAAUUGAAAUGUGCCUUGACGAAGAAAAAAAUCCUUUUGAAGUUGCUAUAAUGUUACUUUGAGCUGUGGCUUAGUUCAAUAUAUAAGAAAUUAUUAUGAAUUAAAAGAAAUCAAUUGUACAUAUAAAUCUAAAAAUAUAUAUUAGAAAGCCCCAAUAAAACUUGUUUUAUACUUGCA